AGAAACAAUCAGCUUUGCACACAGUUCAUUAUUGUUGGACCUGAAACUCAUUUGCAACGAUUUUCAAGAUGAAGACCUCAACCCUCCUCCUCGUUGCAAUCAACUUCCUUGGCCUGGCCUCUGCUGCCUCCAUUGCCAACCCCGUCGACAACCCUGUCAACACCUUGGAGAGGCGGGCUUGCUUCGAGAGCGGAGCGAGCUUCGGCAGCCAGGAGAACGCUGCCUUGAAAGCAGCCCGGACGGCCUGCAACGGCCCCCUCAAGGGCACAUACCAGAAGCGCGAGACGCGCGUCAAAUGCUAUGGCAUUGGCGGCGGCAAGCACGUCAAGCUUACUGUCGGCCUCACGGGCCCCAACGCCCCGUCGAAGAAGACCAUUGGUGCCGACGAGUGCUAUAAUGGCCUCAUAUCUGAGAUUGUCAGUUGCAGCAAGGGCGGUGACACAACCUAUGGCAACUGGCGCUACCGCGCCGAUCCCAAUGAGGGUUCAUGUUAAUGUCCCUGAGUGACAUUGGCCCUACUCCUCAUGCUGUGAAUACAACGACCACCGCUGUUGGAGGAACCAUGAAUGAACCGUUCUCCACCACAGU